CCCCUUUUUCCUUCGGUCGGAGUCGUAAAAAGAAACGAAGAAAACGAGAAGGAUGAGCUCCUUCAGCAACACCACCAACUUCGACAGCCUGCUGCUGCAAUCCCUGAUGGGAAGACUCCAAAUCCGUCCCCCUACCAAUAUAAGCAAUUCUUUCCUCAACCAAUCCCUCGAAGACCUCCUUUUCGACGCUGCCAACUUAUCGGACUCCGAUUCCGACGAUUCCGACAAAACCCAGCUCGCCAAAGAGGAAUCCAAGCUUGAAAAAGAGAUCAUUCGGAUCAUCCUUUCGGGUAAAACAGACUCUUUGAAACCCAACUCCGGUCAAGCUGUCAACAUCAACGACCACCAUAUUUGCAUCACUUUCCACGAAGAGAAUGGAUCGGAUUAUCGGGUCUGGGAGUGGCAUGGCCAUAUAAUGUUGUUUGAUGAAGAAAAUGGGUAUAGUCCUGAAUACAUUUAUGGGAAUUACUUUGAGAGGUUGCAAGGGAAGACAACUGUUAAUGGUGACAAAAAAAAGGAGGAGGAAGAGGAGAAAGUUGUGAAUUUGGGAUUGAGGGAUUUGAUUGAUGGCGGUGAUGAUUCAGGUCGGGGUCGGAUUCUUCAUAGGAAUAUCAAUGCCGGUUCUCCAAGGAUAUAGAUUGGAAGUUUACAUCGGCUUUUCUGGUUUCGAAAGGGGAAGGCUAUCACUCAAUGGCCAAUUCAGUUAAAGAUAUUCCUGUUGAUAUCAUGCUGAUCAAAAGAGACCUAAUUUUGUUCAAGCAGGGUA